AUGCUUGAAUUCUCUUGUAAUCCAGGUAUGCAAAUGCAUGAGUUGUUUUUCUUGCUAUUACUCAAUAGUACACUACUAUAACUAAAGGAGGGAGGAGGGAAGUGAUUGUUAGAUUACUCAAAGGUGCUUUUUCCUACAGGACUUGUUACCGUUUACCCUCAUACUAUACAAGUGUUUUAUUGAUAAAUAGUAAAACUUAUAUGUGCCGAUAUCAACAGACGCUUGAUAGGCGCCAUUUUCAUCAUUGGUUAUAAAAAACGUUUUUAAGUAAAUAUUUAAAUAUAUUAAAGAUAUAAAUAUGUCGAACACUAAAAAUUAGAAAAAUUAUUUUGCGUACUCAAACUGUACUUACGGCAUGAAACCUACUAAAAACGAGUAAAAACGUUACGUCAAAUUACACAAAAGCUAUCUGGAAUGAAAAUGGCUCGAGUGCCUUCUUAAAAAUCAGGAGCACCUAGCUAACGACCGUUUUCUGUAAAAUAUCUGUUCGGAGAAGUAAAUAUUACCUAGAAUUUUCUAUUGUUUGAAUACGGCUAAUAAUUUCUAGAUGAUCGUUCCAUUCAGGUACAAACUAUUUUCGAAGCUUAUCUACAAAAUUCCCUACGAUUUUCUGAAGUUUAAUUUUUUCAUAUUUUACUCGAUCCUUAUGUCAGGCUAAUUUUCGUAGAAAAGAAAACCUAAAAUUCUCGGUUUCAAAAAUGUGAUGGAGAGAGAGAAAUCAAAAAUUAUCAUUUUCGUAAAACGUUCAAUUGCAUCUAAACUUUUCUGGAAAAUAACACUGUAGCCUUUGAAAUUUCGAAAAGCUUCAAAUUCCCGUAGGAUGACCGAACAGAUAUGAACUUUAUAGCACCACUUAGAAUACGUUUCUAGAGAUCUAAAAGUACUCUGGAUAGCUACGAGCCUAAAAAGGCUUUUCACUGUAUUUAGUAGGAAACCGUCGUUGGUUGCCCCUGAAAAAUGGCAACUGAGGGGCUUCUUUAUAUCGCAAAAGGAAACAAAUUCCAAAGUUUAGGAGCAGCAACAGCAAAAAAGUGAUCUCCUAAAGUGGUUUAAGUCCUGAAUUCUCCGCUAUGCCAUUAAAAAUAGCUUAGUGACGAAUGUUUUCAGAAAUAUAUGCGAACAAAAUUCCCAAUUUUGCAAAUUGUAUCUUUCAUCGAAUUGUUAUAAACAGUAUCAUUUCUUAGACAUUCAAGUAUGUGUCUAAAGUUGUGAAUCUGUGAUAUCGCCUUAAAGUUCCUUUGUGGGGGCUUGGAUGAGUUUUUUGAAUGCUCUUUGGCUAUGGUGAAUUUGCUUGAGUAGAUAUUCUGAAUUGAUGAAUACCUUGACAAGAGCCGUCUCUUAAAUGCAGGUACUUCAAGUGAGGAUAGCGGAACCUUUUUUAAGAAGCAUAUGCCCUCCAAGAUAGCUAAACAUGAAGAUGCAUCUUCCCUGAGAAAGGAACCUCUUAACAGCUGGAGUUUGCAAAACAUUGCAGGAUCAACUUCUAGUAUAGGUAAAUGGAACAAGCUAAUUAUUUUGAUAGGUUGGUGCAGUAGUAAUGAAGGUUCAGGAAUAGUGUUUUUCUGAAAAGAUAGCCCACCUGGAUAUUUAGGGGCGAAAACUUUUAGUACGUAGCAAUGAUUUCGAAAAAACUGUCACCCCGUCGAACCCCGCUUUACGGAUAUCUCUUUAUUACGAACACUUUCCUUUGUCCCUGGGUAAAGCCCUUACAUUUUCUCUAAAUUCUCUUAAUACACGGACACCCGUUAAUGGGGAAAAGGACACUUGUUUCUUGUCCAAUCAAUAGAUUCUCAAGGAAUAUCAACCUACAGUCCGCGACAAAAUUGUUGAGACAUUGUUAUCAAAUAGAGUAACUUCAGAGAACAAAAGAAUCCACCCCCUGUCCCCUCCAUUCAAAGUUGGGGUGUUUGUUAUUUUCUGUGUAGACAUUACUCUAGUAUAGUUUUCGUGGCACUCUAUACGCAAAUGUAAGAAUGCAGCGAUAGUCUUUCACAAGCACUUAAUACAUGCAGUUCUUUGACCACAUUAUCGAGUGUGCAGGCAGGUACAGUACUAUCAGUUCUCUCUGCAAAUUUAGUACAUUGUACGAAUUGUCCCAGAAUUUUUUUAUCUUUAUCGUGAAAAGUGAGAGCUGGUAAAUAAAUAUGGAAUAAUAUACCCCUCAAUCCUAAAAGAUUACUUUCCUUAGAAAUCACGUACGAUUCCUUUUAAGUGUAGAUCGUCACUUCAAGUUUAGUAUUGUCUUUUAAAACGCUUCUAAAGGAUAAUAUACAAAGACAGGCAAUUUUGUGUUGGGCAGUGACAAACAUGCAAAAAUAAAAUUGGCUACUUGAAAUUUUAAGAUACCUGCUUUUCCUUUCUAAUAAUGUACCUUAAAGCUUGAAAGGGCUUCCUGUAUGACCGAGAAGGAACCGUUUUGGAAUGUAAUCUUAAAAUGGAUUUGUAUUACUUUAAAAAGUUAUAUGUUAGGUUUCACAAUCGAAUUUACCCUGAAUUCCUGGACCCCAAAAGUUUCUGCGCGCUUCCUUUAAAAUAGUAUGGGAAGUUGUCAAGCUGGAUUUAAAUGCAUAAAAGGACCAGCGAUACGUAGAAUAAGGGUCUUCACCAAAUUUAUGGGUCACACUUGUAUCCUGUGACCGUCAAAAUUUUAGACUGAUUACUGUAAAAUGAUACAUUGAACGUAGUUUCAUACGCGUGGUUAUGGGUGGUGGAGAUGUAAAUGGUUUACAAAAACAUAUUGUUCAAACACUGGAAGAUGCUUCUGACAUACCAGAGGGUGUUUCUGUCACUGAAAAGCAGCCUGUUGCAAAAACACAUGCUUUAGCUUCUGGAUUCUCAGGAGAGCAAUGUCCAGUUAAUGAAAAGAUUAAUACUGAGGAUGCAGCCAGAUUAAGUGAAGAAUCUCGCCCAAUUUGCCAUACUCCUAGUGUUUCAGGGUGCACUUCUGACCAAGGUAUGGAAUUAGAAUGAAGAGCUGUCAAACUUUUUAACUCUUUCGAGUGUUUGGCCCAUUUUAAAAUACCUGUUUUAUUAUAUUUUGUUGUCUGUGUUUUAUUUGUCGUUUAUGGCUGAAAAAUGCUCUGUUUGUUUAAAAAAAAACCACACUUUUAUGCUUUUUCACAAAAAACGUGUUGUUAAAGAAGCAAUAUAAUCGUAAUAAGAAGCAGUAUUCAUUCAGAGUAUUUCUCCGUUUCUGAUUGGCUAAAAUCACACGCAUAAUUCAUCAUAACCAGCUACUGUUUAGACCACACUGGAAGAAUACUUUGCGAUAUUGAACCAAUGACGCCAAAAGUGGAGCAAAUUGCCAGAUUAUUGAACCGUCAACCGAAAAGACCGGGGGACGACGUUGAGUUGUUUUGUUAGUGAGAGCAAAAAUGGCGGAACAUUUCACUCGUUUCAUCAGGAAGAAAUAGGCGAAAUUGGCCAAAUAGCAAGAACAGUAAGAAGACAACUCGAAGGACGACGUCUGCUAUUUGGAGAAUAUGAGGUGAACGACCCUUUAUCUCCUAAACUUGCCGAUAAACAUACGCUAUCGAAGAUGAACUUAACAUCGAUGGAGGUAAGCCUGUUUUAGCUUGUUUUUUUGUUUUGUUUUUUUUUGUAAUUAGGAAAUAUUUUAAAUGAAUAAUAAAACAAUUAUUGAAUUCGGCUUUAUUAUAAUCUAAAGAAUUAUGGAGAUCUCGGCUACGGCUUCGGCGGAUAACACCCCCCUCGAUUUCCAUUCUUCAGAUGAUACUCAGCCUCAUUCAAUAAUUGUUAAGUAUUCUAACCUGUAGUACCGUAAAUCCUCUAUUAAGCUCCCUCUCUCAAAUAAGCCCCUUCCCACUAAUAAGUCCCUCUUUUCAGGGGAAGAACGUUAAUAAGCCCGCCCCACUCCUCACCCCUAAUUAUUCUUCACUAAUAAAAUAAUGAUACACUGUAUUAAUCAAUCACGGCCGUAAAACUUCGUGUGGACUGAUUUGGGAUGGUUUGUUUACCAACUUGAAGUUCGGAUUUGAUUCUGAUCCUCGGCUGCAUGACCUAAGACUUCUUGUACUUUAAGCUUUUCCACUUUGUAUUCUACAGUAGUUCUUUGUGGAGAACUGAUGCCUUCUCUAUUUCAAAUUAAAUAAGCCCCCCCCCCCGUCUCUAUUAAGCCCCUCCUCAAAUGUGCUUGAAAUAAAUAAGCCUCGGGGGGGCUUAAUAGAGGAUUUACAGUGAUGCUUUUUAUCACUAAUUUCAGAAACAGCAAACACUGUAAAGAUGUCAAUCACCACACGUGAUUUAAGUAGUGAACUGGAGGACGUCGUGGGCAGAAUGUUAAGAUAUCAACUUGAAGUGUACUUGAAAUACAAUAAAACAACCAAGCUUUCUACAGCCAAUGGACUGAGUGAUUUCGUUAAGCAUUUAGAAAGUACUUACAACUUUUCCUUGACAACUGUGGGUAUGGGAUCGUUGGUAAUAAAAGGCCAGUGCCUCGACCUGCACAGUCUCGAAAGUCUUUGGAAUGACUACCAUUCUGGUGUCCUGAAUGAAGCUGCAGAGAAGUUAAUAGUCACUGAUGACAUAAAGAGAGAAAUCAAUUUGGAGACCGUCAAAUUAAAGACCAUUAUUGAGGUUGACAACUAUUUGAUUUGCCAAAAAGCUCUUACGGAAAAGUCAGGUGAGUUGGUCUGUUAGCAAUUUUCUUGGGCAAUUAUUCUUUAGAUAAGAAACUGAAAUAAUUGCUCUCUUAGUGUUUUAUAGCAACGUACUCCACAAAAUUCAUGAAAAUUAUACAAUCAAACGGGCAUUUUCAAGCAUAACGCAAGAUAAUGGAGCAUGUCAGUGUAUCAAGUCGCUGCCAAACUGCUUUGUAGCGAUAUUAUUUUUUUGUUAAGUUUGGUUGCUAUCCAAGUACUUAAUAGAACAGUACUUGACAACGCAGUGUACUCGUCCGUCGUGUUUUUGUUCCUUUUUCAUCUGACUGAGUUGGACACCAGUCACUUUUGAAAAAUGCCUUUCUUCCCAUGGUGAUAGCAGUUUCAUUUCUAAAUAAACUGCUUGUGUAGAAAGUAGAACUUUGAAUAUAGAGGGCGACUAGAAAGGGCUGCACCCAGGGGUGACGUCACAUAGUAACGGGCAAGAGCCACGGGUCGCUUGUGCAAAUUAGCAAGGGAUACCACAGUUAUUAGGACGAGCGAGGUCGAGGAAAAGCUAAGAAGCUUGCAAAUAUCGCUAUAUAUCGCUAAUUUGAUCGCAAGUGUGUGAGCUUUGUUGCUGCUAUGAUCUGUUUGUGUAAACCGUUUUGAUAUUUUGUGUCCGUAGUUGUAUAAUUUUGUUAAUUUGUUUUGCGGGCCGUGUUGCGAGAUCGCCAUCUUUUUCACGGGACCAGCAAGUUCAUCAAAACUUAAAUCCUUUUUUCUCUAAAAUAGGCAAGGUCUAGUGUCCAGAAUAGGAGGUUCCAUUCACAGAUCACACAUGUUUAUAUUUCAUCUAUUCUUUUGCUAAUUAAAGCGACCUAACUUCGUAUCAAUCCUUUUGAGUGAGGGCCUCUGUUGAUUUCCUAAUUCGCCACAAAUUCAGUAAAGCUAGUUUGUGGAUUAUCUGCAUCGAUCGGCCUGUUGAAGCGGAAAUAAUGCCAAAUAUAGCUUUGAAAUACGCGCUUGAGCUAAUUUUCCUCAAAUGUAUAUUUGAAUUCAUGAUAAAUACAGUUCCGCCAGCUUCAAAAAGCGUCUAUGGCAGAGAAAAAUGGUUUUGAUAUAACCAAAUUAAUUUUUCAAAACAUGUGUGCGUGUGUGUGGCAUUGUGGUGCAGUGGUCAAGGAGGUGCUUGCACCUUCAGAUGAACUGGGUUCGACUCUCGGCGACGCUAUUUUCUGUUUCUUUGCAUCGUUUUCUUUUUUUUUUUUCUGUUUAGUCUUUGUUUUUUGGUCCUAUUUUCCUUUUGGCCUGUUUUUCUUUAUUCGUACUUCUGACCCUGCUGAUCAUGCACUUGGAUCAAUAUAUAUUUUAAGCUUUAGUCCGGAGUUAUAUUUUAGAAAAGGGACUAAACUAGUACAACACAAACUUUUCUAAUUUAUACCCAACAACCACUGGCGAAAUUUAACUUGCCUCUUGUUCUUCGUCUUAAUCAUAACAAUAUUAUUACCCUAAAAUCUCCACUGGGUUUACGCCAAAAUAAUAAUCAAGCGAAGCCUUUAUUGGUGUUCGAGAUUUAAUUACAGAAUUACAGGUGUAUGUCCAGUACAGUAUUAAAAUUCGGUAAAGCAACAAGAUUCAAUGCUCACAGUCUCUCACAAAUACCCGUCAUUCAGCUUCUUCUUUCAACGCUACCAGCUAAGCGAACUUCCACUACCUGUGAAGAGCGGAAAAUAUGCACAAUGUAAAGUACAGUCGACUCCCGAUAACUCGAACCUUCAAGGGAAAUCGAAAAAAGUUCGAGUUAUCAGGAGUUCGAGUUAUCGGGAGCUCGAAGAAAAUAGCCGAGAGUAAGGUAAAAAACAGUUUUUACUGCACAGUGAACAUUUUAAUCACAUUUAAUUGUAGAAAUGUAGAGUGAAAAUUAAAAGAUACUUCUAGAUUAUAAAUCAGAACGUAACGUAACAAAACAUGGCCUAAAUAGAGCAUGCCUUUUACUGUUUUGAGAAGUAAAACUGCUUCACGUUAGCCUGUGACAAUCAACAUCAGCCUCUAGUAGUAAACUAUACUCCUACAAAACGUUCAUAGGAAAUCCAAAAUUCAAGUUUCGGACGCCAGCAGACGGCGUUUUUCCCGACUUUUUAAGGGCUCAAAACAUGGUUCGAGUUAUCGAGGGUAAAAUGUUAUAGAAAAUGACCUGAGGGGAAACGAAAAUUGGUUCGAGUUAGCGGGAGUUCGAGUUAUCGAGGGUUCGAGUUACCGAGAGUAAAAUUACCGUGAAAGUAUGACGGAAAUCCAGGGGAAAUCGAUUUUGGUUCGAGUCAGCGCGAGGUUCGAGUUAGCGAGGGUUCGAGUUAUCGGGACUCGACUGUAUGAUAUAUUUCCAUUUGAUGAACCUCUUAUUGUUGUGUCAACAUUCUUUCAUCUUGUGUCCACUGGCCCUCAAAGUGUUACAGUUCGGUAUGAUUGCCUGUAAAUUUGCUCGACGAUAGAAAGAAAUCUUAAAAAUUCAUAACACCACUGAACGUUUCAUUCCAAAAAAGUACCAAAGUCUGUUUUUCUAGGACAAUAGGGAUUUAAAAAUCUCCAGAUCCAAGAAAUCGGAACAGUAUUUCCGUGAUAAAUUCGAAAUUUUUAUCCGUCUCUUCGAUGAACACUUUGCUCGCCAUUUUAGAAGUCACCGACGCGAGACGUGAAGUCAUACUGACAGGCGGACUGAACCACCGAUUUCCUUGGAGGCACCUUCCCCCCGCCCCCUGGCUGCAACUAACUUGUAUUAUUACCUUCCAUUGAAAAAUGUUGCCUCUCCAACAUACCAACUAACAGUCUUCUUCUCAUUAUAUAAACCGUCUAAUAAAUUAAAACGAUACAGCUCUAAGGUGUGUUUUCAAAAUAGUUUAAAUACCUAAAUGACAGAUUUCCCUACUCUUUCAUAUACUUAAACGCUUAAAAUUCGUACCCUUUCAUAACCCUGAAGCCUGACAAAAGUACCUCUUUCAGGCAAAGUCUCCUCCCUGGCCAUCAUAGGGAGUACCCCGGGCGGGGUUCCACCCGUUUUAUGCGGACAUCGUGUAUUGAACGAAGACCAAAGCAUUCCCCAAGGAUGUCUGAUUAAAUCAUGUUUGCCUGGGCGUUACCAUUGAACGUUAUUGGGAUUUUUUUUCUAGGUGUCGCAGGUAUCAAUGACACUUCAUCUCAAACAGCUUACCCAGGUCAACUAGAAGAUACAGGGUGGAGUGACAAGAGCUCAGGUGUUGCAAAAGUAAGGUGUUGUUCAUUUUUUUCUUUUUCUUUUUUUAUGGCGGGGAAGUGGUAACGCGAGCAAUAUAAAGAAGCAGUCCUCUGGCAAGUCGGUCAGUUGAAGAUCGAAAAAUAUUUAUCAAUAGAUUAUACAGUAAGUUUUUAAUUAGUUGCAGCUAUACCAAACAAAUACCACAGUGAUUAGCUUAUUUCCUUGAAUAAGCACUCUGGUUCUUAAAUCAAAUGUUGUCCAAAAUGGAGGGGAGUAUAUCAUAGGAGGGCGUAGCCUGCGCUUCAAGUAUUCCAGUGAGAGUUCGUCAAGAAAAUUGAAACCCCUCUUUUUCGGUCUGGCUGCAGCGUUACCACCAAAACUCGUUCGUAAAUGCUUGCUACGCAGGCUAACUAGGACACGCAGUCGGAAAGGGAAAAGCACCUAAAGAGCGCAUUUUAUCGUAGCUUGUUAUACAUUUUUCCUUUUUCGGGAUUAAACUUAAUUUUGUAAGGAGAGAUUUCCCAUGUAUUCUUUAUUUGAUUCGAAUUUCAUAUCUUGCUUUUAAAUAUUCCCUUUUAAGGUUUGUUAGCCAUAAUUUACAUUGAAUUUGCAUUGAGUUGUUUUAGUUUCCUUAAAUUAUAUACAUUUUACUUCAAUGUUUACAUUUAAAAAGAUAAUUUGUUUCUGAAUAGAUAUACAGCUUAGUCACUGAAUAACUAGACCUUUCGCCUGUUCAAAUACCAACCGUUCGUAGUUUUUGGUUUUGACAUUUUAGGGAAUCCUGAGCAAAGGAAAUUCUAACUCUUUUACACAGCUUUCUUUGUAAAUUUCCUAAAUUCACUUGCUUGACUGACAUUUAAUUUUGAGUUCUUUAGUUUAACAUAUGGAUUUUAAAAUUGAAUUUACCCAGAUUUGUUUUCGGUGUUCAGCUGAUUUUAUUCAGCCUUCUUUCCAUUUGUUUUGUGAUGUUGUAAUAAGUUGAUCGGUUAGUAUAAAUAGAGCACUGUUAUUCCUGGUUUUCGAUUUACAUUGCGCAGUUAUAUGCUUGUACGAUUAACAUCGCGGAGUUACAUGCUUGUACGAUUUACAUUGCGGUUGUACAUGCUUGUACGAUUUUAAAAUUGCGGAUUUAAUUGAUUGUACUAGUUACGUUAACGAGCUGAAGAUUAAACUGUUGAAGUCCAAGUUUGAGUCCUGUCCUGUUUCCAGUUGUAGCAGAUCCGGUACCUUGGAAUAGUGACGAGUUCCUUUCCCGCUAGCCAAGCGAGUUGCGAGUUAGUUUUACCCCUUGUUGUUCUUACGCCGAAGUCGCUCGAGUUCUCUUUACGCUUAAGUCCCCGAUUUGUGCUUGGAAGUGCAAAACCCAUCGUCACAAUUUGGCGCAAAUUUUGUUUUAUAUGAGCAGUUAAUUUACAUACUACAAACACACGGAGUUAGAAAUGGGACUUGAACUGACUUUACGGAGAACACAGUAGUCCAGUAUUAAUGCCGCCAUAAGAGAUAAGACAUUUAUUCAAGUUAGGAAAGAUAGAGGCUUCAGUAGUUUUAGAUAUACCCUCUAUUUAACAAACUGAGGGGGAGUAGGGUACUUAGCUGGCCAAAGAAGGUGGGCGCUUAUUCGGGGAGGGGGCUCAUAUGAGUGCGGCUUCUUAUUCGACGAAAUGGGCUAUGAGAGGAAGUUGGUUUGAAGUUGUGUGAUUGCACCGAAAAAUAUCAUGUCAGUCAUAAAUUGUAGUUUGUUAAUUAUCAUCCUAGGACAAGAAGCUGCCCCUGACCCAUAUGGAAAGAGCUGAGAGGGCAAGAGUAAGUUCUGGGCGACGUUUAUUGCAGUGUAGGGUUAUUGUGCAUUCAAAGGAAUGUAGAAUGAAUCUUGUUUAAGACUUGCACAUAUAUUAGAUUCAGAAGACCCUGGGUUUAUUACCAUCGUUAUUUAACUGUUUGAGCAGCGAGCCACUUUACUUUAUUGGAGUGGCGAGGAACUUAUUAGGGAAAGCUAGAAGGGGUUUGGAAAGAAACGUUUUACCCUGAAGAGGAGGUGUUUACUAAAAUAUCAACUAAUGUAAGUUAGGUAUGUUGGUUGAAGAAUGUUUAUUUACCUUCUGAUUUAAUCAAACUUUUUAAACAGGCGUCGAGAGGGCCUCUACACAAGGCAGCUAUCAGCGGAUGGUACGAGACGAUCAAAAUGCUUCUUGAAAGUGGUGACGAUGUGAAUCAAAGAGAUCAGGUUUAAGUCCUCUCCAGUGUAUUCAAGUCCUACGUUAAGUCCUACCUCUCGCGUUCGCUUCAGUAGCAGAUUCUCUUAUUCUGUUCUCAACUUGGCUGCGACGCACUAAUGCAAUAGCCUACGGACAAGUUCUUGUGUUGGUUUCGCAAGGAGUUUCGAGCCAGCGGGAAAAUAGGCCCUUCGAAGGUGGCCAGUCACAUGUUAAAUCAGGCUCUUAAAAACGAACUGGGGCAAGUCAAACAAAGAGCUCGCAUCAUUUAAAAUGCCAUCAUUAGGUUAAACCUGAUCGUCCUGGUGAAUUUGUCCAUUGCCCGGUCAAGAACUCUGAUGAUGAUAUCCUCAUAGGUUGCGAAGCAUUCAAGUAACUGUCACCAGCAAUGCUAUAGGCGAAUCUUUGUUUACAAUUUUUCCCUCAUUAUAAACAUAUACCUUUCAUUUUCUGAUCAAGCUAUUAAAAUAAACUCUCUGAAUGUUAAAAAGCGUAGCAAUUUCAGUUAUCUGUAAAAAUCUUAGCCCGAUACACCAAAUAGUUUCGGAGAAAUUAUGUUACAAAAAGUCGAAGUUCUCAAAUAUUUUAUGAACUCAUUAACGUCUUUGCCACACAGCAAUUUUGCAUUUUUCGAUGGCUGCUAUUUCUCUUGAAAUUAAUUUGCAAGGAGCUGAAAAUUGCAAAAAUUGCUCAAAUUAGUCAACUCUUUCAAUUACAGUGUAAUGCUGCGUAUUAGUCUACUAUCCAUUUCACAAGUUAAGUAAAAUCUCACCAUGCAAGUUCUUGAAAAGCCACCAUUGUUACUGCACUAGCUGGCUUACUUCAACCUCAUCUGUGUUUUUUUUCCUAUUUUUGUAGUUUUCUUUGACCCCUCUUCAUCUUACCUGUUGGUAUGGACAGGAAUCUGUCGUCAAACUGUUGUUGAAACAUGGUGCAAACGUCAACGCUAAAGACAGGGUGAGUUGGUGAACGUUACUACUUUGAGUAAUAUAGUGCCGUGAGAGGGGUAGGGCAAGGAAGAAAACGUUUUGUAUUGAAUGUUCCAUUGGGCAGGUAAAUUUGCUCUAAUUACAUCUGUGGUAUCCUUUAGUCCCACUUGUAUCACUUCACCAGAGUCAUUGUUAGGUUUCCUCGUUUUCUCCUACAUAUUUAAGCGCCUUCUCCAUUAUGGCUCCUACACCAAUUUUAAUUGGUGUAGUGGCUUAUUCACUUAAAAGUGAAUAAGCCACUUUCAACUGUCAAAGGGGGUUUGAUGAAUUUUAGCUCGCUUGUAACAGAAAAUGAAUGAGGGGACUAUUACCAAUCGCCCUCCUAUAAGACCAAAUCACCUAAAGAAUUAAAAAGGCAAAAAAAACAACGAAAAAAAGCUUAGUUCUCGCAGGAUAACCAUCGUUUUUUGUUUGUUUGUUUUUGCUGAUGCUUUUUUCUGAAGGCUGACAUUAGAUCUUGUUACAAGACUAUUAAUCUAACCCACACUACGACACUUGCGUCCAGGACUGAACGCGGACGCAAUUCUUUUAAUUGCUUGGCUCUGUAAAUUUUGUAGGUAAAAUUGUUUUUGUUUUUGUUUCGGAGACAGAGGUAUACGGUUAAGAUGUUUCUGUGGUAAAUAGCAAGUGGGAAUUAACGCGUAUUACUCUGCUUAAAUGUGUUUAGUUUCAACGAACACCUCUGCAAAAAGCUGAACGUCAAAACCACCACUCCAUAGUGCAGUUGCUGCUGAAGAAUGAUGCCAGGCCAACUCUUCAUCAACCAGUAAGAUAUCAGAUUUUGUCAGUCUUCCCUAAUCCAUUUUGCCAAACGUUGUCUUUCAGAUGGAGUUCUACCUAAAUUGUUUAACGUUACCUAUACAUCAUCGUACGAGUUUUUUAGUCUCUUCUAUCUUUUAGAUACCUUACAUUUGUUGUUAUUUAAGGAAUACCUUACCUGAGAACCUUAGAACUGAAGACCUAGGCUUGUCUUGCUUCAAAAAAAAACGUUGCAGAAAUUUUUACAAAAAAAAAUAUUAGGGACUUUGAUCCUGAUCGCCCACAUGUUACCUGAGCAUAAAAUCAUAGUCUAGUUUUAUGUCAUAAUUAUCAGUUUAUAUGUGUUACUUUUUUUACAUUGUAAGUUAUAUUUCAAUUUAGUCAGGAGUUGCUCGUAUGGUUCUUCUGUUCCCCACUAGUCCUUCCCCGCUGCUCUCCUCGCGUAUGCAGUGAAAAAUAAAAAUUUAAUUUAAUUGAAAUUAAAAUGUGUUUAUUUGCAAUACACGGAAACACCAUUAAUCGAUUAUGUAUCAAAAAGGUACUUUAGAAUUAGAGUCUAAUGAAAACCAUCUUUAUAUUUUCCUCAUGAUCAUGAUCAUUUUUAUUAUAGGUCAGUCUAAGGAAACUCGCGAGAAAAGCCUUCUCACAAGUCGAUCAACAAUCUGGACUUAAUCUGCUCCAGGCUCCUGUCUUUGAGGGAAAUUACAACAUUGUUUUAAAUGCUUAUGGCCUUCUUGAUAACUUUGAAGAAGAGACGGAACUUGUAACAACGGAACGUAACGCCAAAUUGUUUUCAGGGAAGACUGCAACGGACACCUUAUCUCGUACAAAGAGAAAAAAACCAAGUCAUGUUAGUAUCGAAAGACUUAAUGACAAGUGGGCUAUGGACAACAGUAGAAUAACUGAACAGCAGUGGACUACAUGCCAUGAUGAUGCGGAACAAGCAGUUGAGUUUGUGUUAAAUGGCGGUAUAGAUAUUAAUGCCUCAGGAUCAGACAAUGAUUGGACAGCUUUGUUGCAGGCGAGUCGUUCAUCCUCAAGUCAGUUCAUUGAGACCCUCAUUGAUCUUGGGGCCGACGCUAAUGCCCAAAGAAGAGAAAGUAAAGAAACACCACUAAUGUUAGCAGCUGACUGGAACAACUACAGGGCCGCGUACUUGCUUUUAAGACAUGGAGCUGAUGUAAAUGUACAGAUUAGUAAUGGGUUCACACCACUGCACUUAUCAGUCAAAAAAAAUCACGAAAAUCUCAUCAAAUUAUUACUUGCAAACAAAUUGGUUGUAAAUAUUCAAGAUAAAUGUGGAUAUACACCCUUGCACUGGUGUGCCAAAGAGGGUCACGAAUACCUCUGUAGAUUGUUACUUGAACACAACGCGAAUGUAAAUAUGAAAGAUUAUUUUGGAGAUACACUAUUGCACUGGUGUGCCAAAGAGGGUCACGAAAACCUCUGUAGAUUGUUACUUGAACACAACGCGGAUCUAAAUACGAAAGAUUCUUUUGGAGAUACACCCUUGCACCGGUGUGUCAGAGAGGGUAACGAAAACCUCUGUAGAUUGUUACUUGAACACAACUCGGAUGUAAAUACUCAAGAUUCUGUUGGAGAUACACCCUUGCACCGUUGUGUCAGAGAGGGUAACGAAAACCUCUGUAGAUUGUUACUUGAAUAUAGCGCAGAUGUAAAUAUUCAAGAUGAAGGUGGAUACACACCCUUGCACCGGUGUGUCAGAAAGGGUAACGAAAUCAUCUGUAGAUUGUUACUUGAACACAACGCGAAUGUAAAUAUUCAAGAUGAAGGUGGAUUCACACCCUUGCACCGGUCUGUCAGAAAGGGUAACGAAAACCUCUGUAGAUUGUUACUUGAACAUAACGCAGAUGCAAAUAUUCAAGGUAAAGAUGGAUAUACACCCUUGCACUGGUGUGCCAGAGAGGGUAACGGAAGCAUUUGUAGAUUGUUACUUGAACACAACGCGAAAGUAAAUAUUCAAGAUAAUUAUAGAAAUACACCCUUGCACUGGUGUGCCAGAAAGGGUAACGAAAACAUCUGUAGAUUGAUACUUAAACACAACGCGGAUGUAAAUUUCCAAGAUGCAUAUGGAUAUACACCCUUGCACCUGUCUGCCUCAAAGGGUAACGAAAACCUCUGUAGAUUGUUAUUUGAACACAACGCGGAUGUAAAUAUUCAAGGUUAUGACGGAUGUACACCAUUGCACCUGUCAGCUCGCGGAAACAGCGAUUGCAGUAAGAUGAUCGAUCUUCUGAUGAAGUAUGGGAAGCAAAACAUAAACAUCCGUAAUGCAGAAGGUUUGACUCCUCUUCAAAUGGCAGUGAGACAUGGUAACGCACGAGUUGUAAAAAAGCUCGUCAAGCUAGGAGCUGAUGUUAGUGUGGUUAAAGCCGAUGAGACUGAUGCCAAAAGACUGAAACUCUUGAAGAAGGAAGCGAAGAGGAUGAAGCAAGAUCUUAAGUCUCAAAUGGGUACUGCGCAAAAAGCUAACGAUACAAAAUAUAUGACAAAUGUCGCUUCUGUUCAAGGGGCAGAAAGACUCGAAGAGUUUUAUCUCCAAUCAGAGAAAAUACGAAGGAGAACACUCUCGUAUACGUAUACAACACGGGAAAUACAGGAGAACCCGGAAGCGGAACAAGUGGAGACACUAGCAGUGAGACACCCCAAAUCAAAGGCCACUACAUCCUCAAGAACAAAUAGAUGUGUAAUGUUGUGA